AACAAAUUUUUUUUGUUGUUGUACUAGUUAAGUAGUACUAUUAGCGAGUAUAGAAGGAGCCCCCUAUUUCUCAGUUACUACCUAAGGGUUUAGGUAGCUACAGCGCUACAGUUUGCGGGUUAAACUUCUGUUUGGGCAGGGGGUUAAGCAUGUUAAGUUGUUUAAAUCACCACUUGAUUAUUCUACUUCAACACAAUGGAAUAAUCAAUACCUCAUAAUCUUUGCAAACUACUGCGAAAAACAUAGUAUAGAGCUGCCCAAUGCACACCAGGGGCAUUACUAUAAAAAAUCGACUUUUUGUACCUCUACCUUUUUCCUUUCUCCCUCUCACAUACACACACAUCAAUACUCCCACCUUACAACAAGCUCACCACAAGCUCAACAUCCCUUUUCCAGCUUUGGGUCUCUUGUGCUUCUUCAACUUCUGUUUUUCUUUACCUCUUAAUUCUAAUUAUUCAAUUGAUCGCCUUCUCUCAACCUCUUCAACAACAAGAGAUUAAUAAUGGCAACCCAAUUGAAUGCGGAUGGUGCUCGAACACUAAUGGUCACGCUGAGAUAUCAGCCUGGCCUUGGGUUCGAGAGUGUCGCCGAUCUUAACGACUUCGCCGACGUCGACAUCACCAAUCGUUCAGAAAGCUCCAUUCUUUCUGACGCGGGUACCAACAAUGACAGCGAUGUGGAGGAGAUCGGUCGCGGUUCCGGUCGAAACAUAUUCCAUCCAUUCACUCGUCUCCCCGCGGAACUUCAGCGAGUGAUCUGGGAAGAUGUUGCGGCCAGUACAAGACGUAUCGUAACCGUCGACGUCUCCAAUGGUCGCGCAACUAUUAUCGCGGCCGAUGUGUUUAGCCUGCUAGCUGUAAACAGGCAGGCUACAGCACUCCUGGCACGAUCCUACCACCAGAUCCCCAAUGGCUGUCUAUACCCGUACAGCCAGCGAGGAAAUAGGAUGGUGAUGGCUCCGCGGGUGUCCUUUGAACACGACGUCUUCCUAAUUGAGGGUGGAGACGUCGACAUGAUCGUUAACGGCGUGGUAGCGGAUGCUGCGGAACUCAUCAACCUCCGAGGUACCACUAACUCCGGGAUAAUCAGGCCAUUCCGACCGCUACCAAUCGUUUACUCGAUCAGACGAUUCGCAUUUAAUGAUAUCGACCUGCUCUUCCCGGGAGGAAUCGGCGGCACCGCAGGGCUCCAAUUACUGCUUUGGACCCUGGAAGCCGACGAAGUGUACACACGGGAUGUCCAUGGACAGUUGUGGAACCGCAUCGGAUCGGAGGAGAUCGAAGACUUUGACGAGAGACAUCGCCGAUAUUACAGGAGGCGUGAUUGGUGGCUGGACCUCACGUACGAUACGAUUGAGCCUUUUCGAAUAGUAGGCAGAGACGACGAUGCGGAUCUCGUGGAGGCUUGGGUUGACUCAGUCAUCGCCUACAGCAUCUCCAUGGAUACUUGAUUGGGUCUAUUGUCGAAAGGAAUAUAUUCAUACUUGUUUGUCCGUUGCUAGUUGCUUUC